UUCUCUUAUUUCAUUUGAUUCUCUCUCUCUCUCUCUCUCUCUGUGCAAAUCUUGACAUGGGAACACAGAGAAGCUUGAGAAAUGAAUACGUAAGGGAAAGGAAUAGUUAGACAGGAUCGUCUUCCUGUGACCAUUUCUCCGACGCCUUGCAGAGGAAGAUGAUGAAGUUAUACAACGUGCGAUCAUGGCUUUCUAAUACUUUUGUGUAUGCCUUCCUGUUGCUGCUUCAGGGAACAUGGUCAAGAAAACUCUUUUUGGGCAAAUUCUAGCUCCAUUUUCGGCGGUCGCGUAUUUUGAUCAAAUCGGAACAUGACACGUCCAAAAUUCUCUGUGGUUUCUCCGGAAAGAGAGAAAAUUUUUAACCUCUAAGUUCUGCCAGUGAAGAACCAUGGAUGCCCUAGCCAAGAUUGCACCUUCUCUAGUAAAGGGCAGCAAGCCAAAGCCUAGCAAAAAUGGUUGCCCUACAACCAACAACUUGAUUGAAACCACAAAGACAAGUGAAGCUGAAAAUAGUGACUCCUGCACAGCCACCUCCUCCAACACUAGUACCAUCACCGCCACCACCACUCUUGCCGCCACUGCAACUACAACUGUUGCUGCCGCCGCUGCGGUGGCAUCGACAAGGACGUCGGAGGGGAGUACUGCCAACACGUGUGAGGAGAAAACUAGUGAUGCCGGUUCCACAUCAAACUCUGUGAGCUCCAGCAAUGUCCAGGCUGACAUGAAUGACAGUGCUGCCGGCACCAGCACCGGCACCGGCACCGCCGGCAUGUCAAGCAACCCAUGGACCAAGCCGCAUACUGGCAAGGAUGUCCGCUGGGAAGCGAUAAACCUAGUCAAGGCCAAGGAUGGACCCUUGGGGCUCAGCCACUUUAGGCUGUUGAAGAGGUUAGGGUAUGGAGACAUAGGAAGUGUGUACCUGGUUGAGCUCAGGGACACCAAUGUGCUGUUUGCAAUGAAGGUCAUGGACAAGGCAUCACUGGUGAGCAGGAACAAGGUACUGAGGGCACAGACAGAGAGGGAAAUACUGUGCAUGCUGGAUCAUCCCUUUCUUCCCACACUCUACACACACUUUGAGACAGACAAGUUCUAUUGCCUGGUCAUGGAGUACUGCAGUGGAGGAAACCUUCAUACCCUUAGACAAAAGCAGCCCAGCAAAUACUUUAGUGAGGAGGCAGCAAGGUUCUAUGCGACCGAGGUGCUGUUGGCUUUGGAGUACUUACACAUGCUAGGCGUUGUGUACAGAGACCUUAAGCCAGAAAAUGUUCUAGUGAGAGAGGAGGGCCACAUUAUGCUGUCCGACUUUGACCUUUCCCUGCGCUGCACGGUCAGCCCAACCCUGGUCAAGUCCUCUUCGGUCCACGGCGGCAGCAUGGGCAUCCUCGACGGCGAGUCCGUGGUGCCGGGCUGCAUCCAGCCGUCGGCCUUCUUCCCCCGCCUCCUGCCCAGGAAGUCACGCAAGUCGAAGUCAGACGUUAGCCUCUUCGCCGGCGGCUCUCUGCCGGAGCUGAUGGCCGAGCCCACCCACGCCCGGUCCAUGUCCUUUGUUGGGACCCAUGAAUACUUGGCGCCGGAGAUCAUACGUGGGGAGGGCCAUGGAAGCGCGGUUGAUUGGUGGACACUGGGGAUAUUCAUAUACGAGCUCUUGCACGGAACUACGCCGUUCAAGGGCGCCGGGAACCGAGCCACAUUGUUCAAUGUGGUUGGUCAGCCCCUGAGGUUCCCGGACUCACCGACGGCGAGCCUAGCGGCUAGGGACCUGAUAAGGGGGCUUCUGGUUAAAGACCCACAAAAGCGCAUUGCCUAUAGGAGGGGUGCCACAGAGAUCAAGCAGCACCCUUUCUUUGAAGGUGUGAAUUGGGCACUUGUUAGGAGCACUGUGCCCCCACAGAUACCAGAGCCUAUUGACCUUGGCAUUCUUGGUCUUAAGGAAGCAGCGCCCAACCUUGAGAAGAAGCCCAUUGGGCAGAGUAGUGCAAAUAGUAAGACCACUACUGCUGAUGGUCAGGAUUCUUCUUACCUUGAUUUUGAAUACUUCUAAGCAUAUGUUUUUUUCUUGAUCAAUUCCAAAUCUCUGAGAUGUCUGCUACUGGGAAUUUGGUGCUACUCUCAAAAGAGGUUCAGUUCCAAGUUUUCUCUAGAACUUGUUCAAUUUUUCUUUUUUUGUCUUGAUAUAUGUGUAACAAAGAGAGAGAGAGAGGGAGGGAGGGAGAGAGAGAACAAAUGAAUUGUAAAUUUGGAGGAGGAAUGCCUUGAAGAGAUCUUGUUUUUUUAAUGGAACCAGAGUACUAGACUU